AUGGAGACCGCUAUGGCAAACGUUAGGCAGCAAAUUGCUGAGCUACAGGAAUUUGGGGUUACCCAUCAAGAAAAAGUUGCCAAACUAGAAAGCAUUGUGGAUAGGCAACAGGGGGAGAUUCAGGCUCUGCAGAGACAACUGCUGAACCGAGAUGAUACUAGCUCACAUAAGCCCCAACCAUCUAAGUUUAAUGGAGACCGCCGCCGCUACAGGGUUUUCCUUAAUCAAUGUCGCAUAUAUUUCCAAAUGUACCCUGCUGCGUUUACUUCAGAGAAAAAGAAGGUAAUGUUUAAUAUUGGGCUUCUGACUGGGGAAGCUCUAGCUUGGGCCUCCCCUUAUAUAGAGCAAAACCAUGGCAUGUUGAAUGAUUUUGAUACCUUUUUGACCACGAUGAAUCAGGUUUUUGAUGAUCCCAACCGUUGUGCUACUGCUGAAGCAAAAUUGCAUAGUCUGAGGCAGGGUAGACACUCGGUCGCUGAAUACACAGCCGAGUUCAGAAGUUGGAUCGCAGAUACCACUUGGAACCCUGCAGCACAAAAAAGCCAGUUCCGCCAAGGGCUUUCUGAACAGGUAAAGGAUGAGCUUGCCAGA